CCUUCUUUCCCGUCCCACGCGGGCCAGAUGGUUGGUUCUACCAUAGGUCUGUCUUGUCUUACACUCUUCUCCCUGCUUCCGCCUUCUCUCCCCCCAAGCGGGCCAGAUGGUUGGUUCUACCAUAGGUCUGUCUUGUCUUACACUCUUCUCCCAGUUUCUGCCUUCUUUCCCUCCCAAGCAGGCCAGAUGGUUGGUUCUACCAUAGGUCCGUCUUGUCUUACACUCUUCUGCCUGUUUCUGCCUUAUCUCCUCCAAAGCGGGCCAGAUGGUUGGUUCUACCAUAGGUCAGUCUUGUCUUACACUCUUCUCCCUGUUUCUGCCUUCUUUCCCGUCCCAAGCGGGCCAGAUGGUUGGUUCUACCAUAGGUCUGUCUUGUCUUACACUCUUCUCCCUGUUCUGCCUUCUCUCCCUUUCAAGCAGGCCAGAUGGUUGGUUCUACCAUAGGUCCGUCUUGUCUUCCUCUCUCAUCCCUGCUUCCGCCUUCUCUGCCCUCCCAAGCGGGCCAGAUGGUUGGUUCUACCAUAGGUCUGUCUUGUCUUACACUCUUCUCCCUGCUUCCGCCUUCUCUCCCCCCAAGCGGGCCAGAUGGUUGGUUCUACCAUAGGUCUGUCUUGUCUUACACUCUUCUCCCUGCUUCUGCCUUCUCUCCCCUCCCAAGCGUGCCAGAUGGUUGGUUCUACCAUAGGUCCGUCUUGUCAUACACUCUUCUCCCUGUUUCUGCCUUCUCUCCCUCCCAAGCAGGCCAGAUGGUUGGUUCUACCAUAGGUCUGUCUUGUCUUACACUCUUCUCCCUGUUCUGCCUUCUCUCCCUUUCAAGCAGGCCAGAUGGUUGGUUCUACCAUAGGUCCGUCUUGUCUUGCAAUCUUCUUCCUGCUGACCGCCUUCUCUGCCCUCCCAACGGCCAGAUGGUUGGUUCAACCAUAGGUCCGUCUUGUCUUACAAUCUUCUCCCUGCUUCCGCCUUCUCUGCCCUCCCAAGCGGGCCAGAUGGUUGGUUCUGCCAUAGGUUUGGCUUGUCUUACACUCUUCUCCCUGUUUCUGCCUUCUCUCCCUCCCAAGCAGGCCAGAUGGUUGGUUCUACCAUAGGUCCGUCUUGUCUAACACUCUUCUGCCUGUUUCUGCCUUCUCUCUCCUGCAAAGCGGGCCAGAUGGUUGGUUCUACCAAAUCUUACAAUCUUCUCCCUGCUUCCGCCUUCCAACCGGAUGGUAUUUGGGUUGGCAAAUCUCCAUAAAAAUAUUAUUAUUUAUUGCUUGUUUAAAUUUAUGUUCAAACCCAAAUAACGUCGCUUGUGUGCAUUUUUGUACUUUUUUGUAAAGACUUUGUGAAAAAGUUAAUAUAAUUGACAGAAAUAAUUGUAACCAAUAUUGCUGUUAAUGAGAAU